UGUAAGAUAGCCUCGAGUACCUUGAGCAUAUCAUAGCGACCAAGUUCAAGCCGCCCCCGCUGACGACAACGACGACCAAGUUUGUGGUUUUGUGGCGCAGUCGAUGACGCCGACUUUCGGAUGUCGACGCGUUGUUUAGUUGAAAUAGAAACGUUAACAAUGCCUCAUCUACUACGGCAAUUGCCCGUUUCCCCCACGGCCACAAUGCACGAUACACGGACAACACUGCGAAACCUGCCUCCGGCCUACAGUCCCGCACAGACGCCACAUAGCCGGGAGAAGGAUUUUGCCCCACAGGUGCGCUAUCAUUUGGAGCUGCCACGCAAGCCAAAGUUCCGGCCCUGCAAGGUCAUCUUUGUAGGCGACUGCUCCGUUGGCAAAACGGCCAUAGCCAAUCGCUUCUGCUAUGACAAGUUUCAGUCCAAUUACAAGGCAACAAUUGGUGUGGACUUUGAGCUGGAGAACUUUAAUAUACUUGGCCACAAUUACAGCCUGGAGAUGUGGGAUACGGCCGGACAAGAGCGCUUCAAGUGUAUUGCUGGAGCCUAUUAUCGCAAUGCAAGAGUGAUUGUCGUGACCUAUGACAUGUCGAGACGCGAUACCCUGGAUUCGGCCAAGAAAUGGCUUGCCAGCGCACUCAACUACAAUACAAGCCAGAGACCAUUGGUCUUUCUAGUGGGCACAAAGGCAGAUCUCUUGACAAAGGAGGAAUUCAUGCGUAUGGAGCGAUUGGCGGGCAACGCAGCCGCAGAAAUUCAGGCGGAGUAUUGGUCCGUAUCGGCGCGUUCCGGCUUUAAGGUGACGGAGCUGUUCCAACGGAUAGCUGCAUUGGCCUUUGAGGAGGCAGUGAAGCAGCAGCUAGGAUCCCUCAAAGGCACAACACAGGAACAGGCGACGCUGGCAUCUGUGAAAUCGCAAACAUUUGAUUUACGCAGCUAUUUCAGUAGUCGCUUUUCAAGACAAAAAAGUGGAUGUGCUUGCUAGCCUUCACAAUUUUAAGUUAA